UAUGGGCGAAAUUGGCCCACAAGCGGACCAAACAAACUGAUUGUAAUGCAUUAACACGAAGCUACAAGCGAGCUGGCUUACUUGACGUUUGCUAACUGUAUAAAACUGAGUGAUAGCGGCACCUCAUCCUGCAGACAGAAAUGAGCCAUACUACUCCAGAGGCAUCGGGUCUUGACCCUGCCAUGCUGAGAGACCAACUCUUCGAUCUGUGGAACCAGAAAGAUCUGCAGAUGCUACAUUUGGCAGCCCUCCAGGGAUUUUCAAAGCUGUCUGAGCCUCUGGAGGCCUUACUAACAAUCCUGGAGAGUUGUCCGGGCAAACAGAAAGGUCGGAGCCACACCCUUGGCCAUCACAUACUCAUGGAAUUCCAGACAUGGAUUAAGGAACAUCCUCAGGUCAAUCUGAGUUCAGUGUCGGAACAGCAAGCAGUGGCACUCCAACGGCGUGCUCUCAACUUGCUAACAGAUACCCAGCCAAACUUUGUAGACAGUCUCAUAAACAUCUACCAACUCAAUUCACUGGAUCCAGCCAUACUCCGAUUGCACAUUACUGGGUUGCAUGCUCUCAGCUGCUACAAAGAGGCAGCAACGCUCGGUAUUAAGCUGAACUUACAGGAAGAGUUAAAUAUGGAGGAGAUGUGUGUACCACUAAUCGUGCAGGAUAAGAUGUCGGUGGCCGUGUCCUUUGUCUCAGGCUACAGUCAUCUAGAGGAACGAUUGGUUAAACUUCUAGACUCUUGGUGUCACCCCAGCUUCUGUGUGGAAGAGCUAAACAGUCAGUUCCCUCGCCUUAAUCUGACCAAACAACGGAUGGAACAGAUACAACCGAAAAUGCUCACCAAACACGUCCUGCGACUCAUGGAGAAAUUCAAGAUUGAUAAAGGACUGUGUCCCAAUGCACUGCACAAGAGGAGACUAGACUCUCUGCGUUUCCUCAUGUACAAGAGGUUUGUGGAGAAAGGCAUGACAGAAGAGAACUGGAUUGACCAUGUACAGUAUGUAGUGGCAGAUGACCUUGAGCUGCAGAUCCACUUGGUGGAGAUGUUGGUGAAGUACUCUUGUCUUCGGAAAGCCUCCCAGUGGUCACUGAGAUACAACAUCCCCAGAAAUCGACUUCCCUGUGGAGUAUGGGAAACCCAGCAGAGUCUACCACGUGCUCUACAACAGAUAUCUCUGAGUGAUACUGCAGAAACUGAGGAGUGGGAGCUAGCUCAGUCUCACUGUGGGAAGUUCUACCAAGUGCCACUUACCAAAUACAAGGUGCACUUUGUGGACACACCAGAAGCUCUCGAGAGAUGUCAAAGCAUUCUGCUCAAGGAAGGCGUUGUAGUCGGAGUUGACAUGGAGUGGCAGCCAACAUUUGGCUGUAUCUCCACUCAGCAAGUGGCCCUGAUACAACUUGCAGUUUCUGAUCAGGUUUUCCUAAUAGACCUCUGUGCUAGGAGAUUCUGUGAGCACCCAGAAACAAUUCGUUUCAUCAGGAGCUUGUUCUCCCAACAAAGUGUCCUUAAACUAGGAUAUGGUAUGGCCGGUGAUCUUAAGUGUCUGUUGGCCACCUGGCCCCAGUUACAAGAGGACCCACUGAAAAUGGAGGGGAUGCUUGAUCUUCUAAGUAUACAUAAAAAAAUUCAACAUAGUGCACUCAGCCGGACUCAAAAUGGCCCUAAAGAGGUACUGGUGGGAGAGGACUGUGCAGAAAAGGGCCUCAGUCUGUUGGUACAACAGGUCCUGGGAAGGCCCCUGGACAAGACAGAGCAGAUGUCCAACUGGGAGAAGCGGCCUCUACGCAUCAGCCAAAUUAGAUAUGCAGUGGCAGAUGCCUACUGUUUGCUGGAAGUGUACUCUGUCCUCUCCCGCAACCCAGCAUCUUUUGGGCUGCCUGAUGACCUGCGCAGCAUAUCUUCAAGCCAAUCAGAGAUGAGCAGAGACAAGAAGCUGAAGGAGAAAAAGGACAAGCAAACAAAACAGACCCUUGAGAAAGAGGAAUGUCAGGGGGCUCAAAGGGUCAGCCCCUCUCGUUCAGAUCCAGAGAAAGGCGUCUUGUAUGGUGAGAAGCCUUCAGAAGAUUCCCCACCGCUACCCCCUCAGCAGUUGCGGGUGGUGUGUGACAACAUGCUGCAGGGACUCGGAAGAUACCUGCGUUGUUUAGGAGUUGACGUGGUCAUGUUGGAGAACACUGAUGAUCACAGGGUUGCAGCUAAAUUAGCGCAGGCUGAAGGCCGUGUCAUACUUACAUGUGGACAACCAUUCCAAACUUUGCGUUCCCAGGUGGCGGAGGGUCGCUGUCUCUCCCUAGACUGCUCAGAAAAGGCCAGAGACCAGGCGGUUCGAGUUCUCAAACACUUUAACAUCCAGCCCACUCCCAGUGAUAUAUUCAGCCGCUGUCAGGCGUGUAACAGUGAUCAGUAUGUGGCAGUGCCACGAGACGAUAUGGUCGGGAUGCUUAAAAAGAAAGGUCUCCUACCAGACCAGGACAACACUGACCUAAUGCACCAGGAAGAGGAGAAGCACGAUGACAUUUUGACCCCAAAGCUCCCCAGGUAUGCUCUUCAGUGUCGCUGGGCCUCCCUUUCAGGGCUGGACCCUGACACCCUGACCUUUCCCGGGGGCGCGCCUAUUCAGCUUCACACCGUGCCCCCUACCCUCCUGCCAAGGAUCCCUCUCUUCUACGUCUGCACCAGAUGUGGCAAGGUGUUCUGGGAGGGCUCUCAUUUUGGCCGUGUCCUCUCAAUGUUUCAGGAGGUCUUGCACAUUUCAGACGAGGACAAUGAAUCUGCUGCAGUGCCCAUUACAGCUGCUCAGCAGAAUUGACUGUUGUAGAGUCAGUUUACAUGAAGACUUUGGCAUUCAGCGGUCUUAUCCCAUAAGAACCCAUGCCCCUUUGCACAUUGAGGAAAGUUCCUGUUCAAGUUUCAACACCGACUCUUCCAUAGUUUUCCUGAAAGUAAAGUUGGGUCUGGGCUCUUAAAAUACAGUAACAUUUCCCCACAUGUAAUUAACUUUAAAUAAAUUAGUCAAAGUCAAACGGGAAACAAUUCUUCUUCUUUUCUUUUUUUUUUACACCUGGAUCAACAGAUUGCCUCUCAGUGAGCAUUGAAUGAAGGCUUUAUUUUUGUUUUUAAGCCACCAAUUUUUUUCAGAUGGAAAUAUUUUGAAAAUUUUUAAAUAUUUUGUGUUUAUAACAGUUUAAAAAAAUCAUUUACAUUUCAGACAGGCAAUAGAGUGAUCGCAUUUAGACCUGACCAUAUUUGUUAUAAACUGUAUUUUACCUAAGAAAUGGUUUGCAUUGUGAUACUUUGAAAUCGAAAGAGUUAAUUCUUUAAGAAAGUAAACAUAUGCAUCAAUCCUAAGUUUGUUCCAUUCAGCAGUUUAUGAGGUCACAUCCUGUGGAAACUGGUUUUUAUUGUUUUGACUUGAACGCCCUGGUAGGUGGCGAUAAGGUCAGUUCCUUGGCCGUUUUAGUACCCAGUGGUACGAUACAUUUUUAUUCUCUGUGAUUACAUUCUUGUAAUAUUUAAAUGCGUGUUUUAAUAAAGAGAGGUUUUUUUCCUCUCCUUUUUUAAUUUG